CAAAUUCCGGGUUGUACGAGGUAUACUAACUGUCCAACUGCAACGUACGGUUCGUAUAAAUCGCUAAUUGCUUUCAGAAAGGGUCAGAGUUGUCCGAUCUUAACUGAAGUAGAAACUAUUCCAUUAGAUCAUCUUUUGGAGUCAUCAACAGAUCAGCUGCCGUUGAGAUCAGCAAUAGUCGGAACACUUUCUUAUAAAGGGUUUCUUCCACCGGCGAUGGAAGGCGGUGCGGAAGGGAUGCUUCCGUUCGGUUGGCGGUUCUUAAAGGUCAUGUUUCCCGGUUUUCAGACUAAACUGACUCUGCCGCCCUUGGUUUGUGAAAAACUUAAUGGAGAAAAGUCAUCAAAAGCAACUUUAGUUACUGUAAAGGGUUCAUGGGAUGUGGAGAUAGAAAAUGGUGACCAAGGAAACCUUUGUUUUGGGAAGGGGUGGGAUGCAUUUGUCAUGAACCAUGGAAUAAGAGUAGAAGAUUUUGCAGUAUUUGAAUACACAGGUGGAAUUUGCUUUAAUGUUUCAUUGCUAGACAAAAAUGGCAAUGAGAAAAAGAUGGAUUCUAUCAGGCCAGGAGAGCAAGAUGAUCAGAAGAUAGAUUCUCCUAAACCCAACCCAAUAAAAAAAGAGCACAUUGAGCUUUCUGCUGUGAAGGUGGAGAGGGAUGAAGAGAUUAUUACUUCUCAACUCAAUUCUCGUCUUGCUCCACUUUUGCAAAUAUUGGCUGAGAUGGACAAUGAUGAUUUCACUUCAUAUGAUGGAGAGAAAGGACCGCCUCCAAACACUACCCUAUCUGGUAAUUCGGUUAAUAGGGAACUUAUCCCUUUUCAAGUUGAUGAUGUCAAACCAAUAGCCCAAAUAAAACCUCAGAAUAAUGACAUAAAAAGCAGUUCUACAAAGCGGAAAAGGGAGGACAGUGCGAAAAAAGUGGGCAUUAAAAGGAAAAGACCACCCAAAGUGAACACAUCUUCUCCUGAGCAAAAUCUGCAAUUUUCAUCAGUAAUGAAGUCAUACCAUCUCCGUCGUCGAUCUCCUUAUAUGCAUGUCCCUGCAGUGUUUUGUGUGGCAAAUAAUCUAUAUCAAAACGCAAGACUAACUCUGAAAGGCCCAAUAGUUGAGGAAGAAGUCAGCCUUAGGGUUUGCAAUGGAGGGAACACCAAAUAUGCAGUCAUCACUAGGGGUUGGCCAGAGUUCAUUGCAGGAAACAAACUCAGAGAGGGAGACACCUGCAUCUUCAAACUGCAGUGUGCUGGAACUAGUUCAGCUGGUGCUGUGUUGGAUGUUGAGGUUGUCCCGGCAUAAUUCUAGGGUUAGAUGGUACUUUACCCGAAUGUAUAUACACCGACGGACUAAUCUGGUUCACUUAAUAUUGCCAGUUUUUUGGGAUACUAAUUUAGAAAAUUAUAUUUGUGUUAUAGAAUGCCAACUUUUCAAGGCUGGUUUUACAAUAUGCUGUCCCAAUUUGAGGUCUCUUAUUUGGUAUGCAUGGCAUGUAUAGAGAAGUUCAGUGUUCUACUAAACAAAAUUUGAGAGAGAUUGAGAGAAGAGUGAAAGUGAUUGAGAC